AUGCCCCCCUCCGAAAUUGACGCCAUCUUUGCCUCCAAGCCCAAGGCGGCUCCCCCAAAGGCGUCCACGUCCUCCAUAGCCCUUCUCUCUAAAAAGAAGGACAAAGCCGCGGCCAAGCCCGCGCCCCGUGCCUCUGGGAAACGCAAACGCGAAGACGAUGCGUCCGCCGAGGACGCUGAGCCCAGCAAGCCUCCAAAGCGGCAGGUACCAGAGACAGUGUUUGGUCCUUCUUCUUCGUCAUCCAAAGGCAGGGUAAGGUCUGUCAAAGCAGCCAAACCCGUGCCUGCCACUGUCAGGCCCCAACGACCCAAGAAGGACCGGGAGGAGGACGAUCGUUUCAAGGACUCCCGGGGCACUGGCCCUCGUCGGAAAACCGAGGAAGGAUUCGCCAUAUAUAAGGAAGAUGAACUUGGAAUUACCGCGCAAGGCGGAGACACUCCCUUAUGUCCUUUUGACUGUCAAUGUUGUGAGUAUAUCACGACUUUCGUCUACGCCGUUGGGUUGACUCCCAGCUCAGGUUUCUAG